AUGGCUAGGAGGAUGCGUGUCCAAUAUGUAUGGAUAGAUGCCCUCUGCAUUAUCCGAGAUUCGAAAGAGACUGGGAGAACGACAGCUCAGAUGGUAUCCCUACACUCUAAUGCUUACUGCACCAUCGCUGCUUCAUCCUCAGCGGAUGGUACAGGCGGCUGUCACGUGGAUCCAGACUCUGGACCGUAUGGUCCUGUAAUUCUCUCCAUUUCGGACACGGAUGGAGACCGCCGUAUAACCAUUCAGAAAGUCCGCGUCUUCUGCUCAACUGAAAACCCAGUCGUAAACAUUUUACAACAGGAUCCCCUCAACGGUCGAGCUUGGACCUUCCAAGAGCGCGAGCUCUCAAACCGAGUAAUGCACGUUUCACAAGAUUCCAUCCGCUGGGAGUGUCGAACUCUGAAAGCGAGCCUGCAGUUCCCGUGGCAAGAUCCGAACGCGUUCAACGCCCGCACAGUCCAAUCUCAGACAAGGGAUCGCUAUCUCGCCGGCGUCUGGCACUCCAACCAGAUCCACUGCCUCUGCUGGUCUAGUGGCCGGCAUCCGACCGGCAGAUCUCCCAUCUUCAAGCCGGACAACCCCUCACCAGUCCACCACAGCCGACCUUCCGAGUACCUCGCCCCCUCCUGGUCCUGGGCCAGCAUCAAAGGCCGAGUCCGCUACGAGUGGUGGAUCUUCCACGCCCUAGACCCCGACCACCCAACGCCGCGAGCAGAGGUGUUCAUCCCGCGAACCCUCGACGCAACCACCAUCCCCGUGGGACUCGACGAGUACGGCCAGCUCAAAGAAGGCUGCUUUAUCCGAUUAGCCGGAAAGAUGAAGCCAGCCUUCACCCGCGGCGAAGGCUUCCAGCGCCAGGACUGCCAAGGUCUCUACGAUGUCCAGGAGGCCCAGACCCGCGAGAUCGGCAUGAUCAAGUAUGAUAUCCCUUCAGACGCGCCGCAGGGAGUGGUCAGGGCGGUCUUUUGCUUGUGCGUGCUUCCCCGCGCGGAACGUGAUGGUGAUUCGGUCGGGCUGGCGCUGGUACCGACGGGGAGGUUGGAUGAGUUCACAAGGGUUGGACUGGUCUCCGCGGUCCAGCUGGCUUGGCACAAGAGGGUGCGGUCGAGUGUCAGAUCAACAUCGUUUAGGUAUGUAAACGUAGGGGCUCACAAUCCUCAAAAGGCAACAUCAUCUUCUGACCCCCGGAGAUGGCCCCCGCCCCGCCUCUGA